UAUGGUGUGCAAUCACAUUACGAAGUUGCGGACAUCUUCCGCUUAUACAUAUCUAGAUUGCGUCCCUCGCGAGAUCAUAAUUCCUCGAGCCGCGGAAUCCCAUCGCCACACGAAACUUCGCUACGAUUGUUCUCGAGGAUUUCGUCAGGCACUCGCAUCUCAUCAAACGUUACAGAACUGUUAUCAUAUAAUUAUACGGAAUCCAAAUUCUAUUUACGAAACGUUAUGUAUGGUUACACGAUCGCGAUCGUACUUAAGAGUAACAAAGCACUCAUCUAAAAGGAACUCGAGCGUAAACUCCUUUCGCAAAUGCCAGAGAAACUGGGCGCAUUAUUUAAAAAGAUCUAUUAAGAGAUAUUAGAUUUAGAACAUUAAAUGAUAUUAGUUUAACAUUAAAUGAUAAAAAAGAAUUAAUUUUAUCAAGUUAACAUGAAAUGAUAAAAAAGAAUUAAUUUUAUCAAGUUAACAUGAAAUGAUAUCUUUAAUAACACUAUGCAAGUACUAAAGUUAUAUACCGUUAUAAUACUGUAAUGACAUACCAACGAUUCUCGGAUAAACGAAACCAGUUGUGGGGCAUGCUUUCAUCGUGAGUUAUCGAAAAAUAUCUUUUACACUUCUUUUCCUUUUAUCGUAUAUCGAUAGCAGAUCAAUUGCGUGAGAUCGAUACCGAUACUGGAGCUGGAUCUAAUGGACGGGUGAGUUUUCCAUGCAAGCCAUCGCCGAGGAUUUCGAAGAACCGCACAGUUUCAUCACGCGCAUUUUAACGUGUAACACACGACUCGGUUGCUGGAGGGUUGCGUAACUCGGCAAUGAAACGGUGAACUAUCCCGCCGUUUUGAAACGCGACGUACACGUGCACACUUGCGGGCGUAACCGUCCGAUUUUCCCAUACCCACGUAGAAGCGCGCCAUAUCGCGUCCACGCGAAUCUACACCAUGAGGCACGGAUGGUAAACAUCCGCCCAUGGUGCACAAUAUUCGCAUGGGCUUGCGUAACGUUACGCGACCGCCGUUGUAUAAAAUGGGUGCCCAUGAGAAGGAGACCUCAGUUAGAAUCGACCGGAGCGUCCGCGGUGAAUUUCAUGAUGAGAUACUGCUUGUUUCUGUUGGUCGUCGCUGUUUGCGAAGCGGGUAGGAUACCUAGAGGGGUGGUUCACGAACCGAACUUUCAGGCGAUUUAUCACGGCCAUGGUGCUACCAGCUAUCAAAAUGUGCAGGUUGACAGUCACGAUAGCAUAAUAGUGCCGACGAAUUAUGGGGACCAGGCGGAGCUUCUGGAUUUGAAGGACCAUGAAUACCAUCAACCGAUUAUUCCAAUUGUAGAGACUCACAACGAUGUAGAUCACAUCGAUAUAUCCGAUUCAGCUCCGUACGAAGAAUUCACCAUUGCCGAUGUUAAGCUCAAGUCAGACGUGCUCAGCCAUUAUCUUGAUCACGACGACGACAAACACGACUUCGAUUUCCAUUUACGGAAAUGAUUAAGGGAAUAUUAUGUUCAAAUUGAAAGGCAGUUUUAUUUUUCAUCUGAUUAAUUUAGGCAAAAUUUAAUUAAAAAUUAUGGGAAUCUCGAGUGCUUGACAGACUCAUUGCGCCGUCUAAUAGUUAAAGAAAUUAAAUGCAUUUUGUAAAAUAAUUUCCUUUAUAUCUUAUCAAUUUUAUACUUUGUUGUUAAUAGUUAAUAGUAACACAAUUUUCACGGCAAUGAAAAUUUUUAUCAAUGCGCAGACAAUGCAAUCUAGCCUAGGGGAAAAUAAUUGCAAACUAAUUGUGGCUCGUAA